AUGGAAUUGUUCAGGGAAGUUCUUAAUGAAGGGAAUCUUUAUGACCUAGGGUGGAAGGGUGACAAGUUUACAUGGAAUAAUUCGAAAGGAGAUGAAACCUUCACCAAGGAAAGGUUAGAUAGGGCAGUGUCAAACCCUGAGUGGAUAGAAGUGUAUAAGGAGUCAUGGGUGGAAGAAAUGAUGGCUAGAACUUCUAACCAUAAGCCAUUGCUAGUUCACUUAAUAAAGGAAAAGGAUUGGGGAGGGGAUAUCAAGAAAGCUUUCGCGUAUAAAGCCAACUGGGCUUUGGAAGAGAAGUGUGAACUGGUCUCAAAGAAAGCAUGGAAGAAGGUAGCAGCUAGAAGGGAACCCUCUAGCAAGGUGAUGGAGUUACUCAAUAGAAGCAAACAAGCCUUUCAGAAGUGGAGUAAACAGAUAAGAAAGGGAGGGAAAAAUAAGAUAGAAGAAAAUCAAAACUACUGCAAAGGUUACAAGCUGAAGAAUGCAAAAACAAUGUUAAUGAGAUAA